ACGGCCAUCACGCUAGUUUGCCAGUCGAGCACAGUCCUCCCGCAAGUUAGGAUUGUGUCGUUUCCUCCCAACUUUCGGUUUUCGCCGCGAUCGAAUUGUCAUAAAUGACAUCUCAAAGUUGUGUAUGUAGUUCAGGAUUAUUUAUAUAAUUUUUAAAGAUGACCAACUAUAUAACCAGGAUAUCAAACAUUUUGCUCCUGGUCUCCUUUUUUGGUUCAUCAUACACGCAGUCACAACCCGAACCCAAUUAUGUAGCAACUGAUGAGGCAUCAACGAUUCUGAGUGAAGUGGAACCUCGGGACAGUACUCCAGAACUAGAGUUCCGUUACCACGACCACGAUCAGAUGACGAGGUAUCUCCGUGCAGUCUCCGCGCGGUAUCCGGCUCUCACCGCACUAUAUUCUAUCGGCAAGUCUGUUCAAGGGCGAGACUUAUGGGUGAUGGUGGUAUCGGUGUCUCCAUAUGAACAUAUGAUCGGCAAACCUGAUGUAAAGUACGUUGCCAACAUUCACGGCAAUGAAGCCGUCGGACGUGAACUGCUUCUACAUCUCAUUCAGUAUUUGGUAACAUCAUACGAUACCGACCCGUACAUCAAAUGGUUACUUGACAAUACUAGAAUUCACCUGAUGCCUUCAAUGAAUCCUGAUGGUUUUGCAAUCUCCAAAGAAGGACAAUGUGACACAGUUUUUGGAAGGUACAAUGCUCGGCGUUACGAUCUUAACCGUAAUUUCCCAGAUUAUUUUAAACCGAAUACAAAGCAGCCACAAUCAGAAACAGAGGCUGUGAAGGAAUGGAUCAGCAAGAUACAAUUUGUUGUGUCCGGCUCGUUGCAUGGAGGUGCUCUUGUUGCAUCAUAUCCAUUUGAUAACACGCCAAGUGCCAGAAUAUGCAGAUCAUCAGUAUUAUGUUCCGUAUUCCAAAACUACGCGCAUUCACCAUCUAUUGCGCCAGAUGACGACGUGUUUAGACAUUUAGCGUUGGUGUACUCGAAGAACCACGCCAAAAUGUCGCGAGGGGUAUCCUGUAAGACCGGCUCACAGCGCUUCGAGAACGGUAUCACCAACGGCGCUGCUUGGUAUCCACUUACAGGUGGCAUGCAAGACUACAAUUAUCUAUGGCAUGGAUGCAUGGAGGUUACUUUAGAAAUAUCUUGCUGCAAAUAUCCUCCUGCCCAUGAACUGGCUAAAUAUUGGCUCGACAACAAAGAGUCAUUAAUAAAGUAUCUCGCGGAAGCUCACCGUGGAGCACACGGGUUCGUGAUGGAUGAGAACGGGAACCCCGUGGAGCGCGCAUCGAUCCGAGUGAAAGGCCGCGACGUCACUUACCACACCACUAAAUAUGGCGAGUUCUGGCGUAUCCUGUUGCCUGGGACCUAUAAACUAGAUGUUACCGCUGAAGGCUAUUUACCACAAGAAGUUGAAUUCAUCGUUAUUGAUAGCCACCCCACAUUACUAAAUGUCACUUUACACUCAGCCAAAGGCUAUGUGCCGCCGAUUCGAUCGUCUUCAAGGAAGCAUGGCCGAGGAAAAUCCACUACAACCACAGAUGCUACUACAUACAGAGAAAAUGCUUUUGUGUUCCCUGAAGACUAACAUAUACCUACCUAACUAUAAUUAACAUGUAAACAGUUGUAUUUUAUAGGCAUACCCUUGUUUGCUUAUAUGUACCCCUUCUAAAUUUUUAGUACAUAAAGUUCAUUUUAUGUACCGAAUAUUCUGUACAUACAAAUUGAAACUAUUACUUGCGGUAUUGUAUAAAUGUUAAGAAAAUUAAUUAAAUAUCUAUUAUUAAUUAGGAGACUAGUAGAUGUUGCUCGAGUUUCUUGUAUAGUUAUUUUCUUUUGUGUAAACAUACCUAAUAAAUAGCAUUUUCUUUAGCUAUAGUCGUAUAUAUAAGUAUUCGAAUUCCAAGUAUCUGACUACGACUAAUCCAAUACUAUAAAUACUAAUCCAAAUGUUUUCUUACAAACAAAAAUUUACCUAUUUAUUACAAUUUUAAGAUAUUAGCUGGUAAUUAAAUAUUUAGAUCUCA